CUGUCUCUCUCUGUCUCUCUCUCUCUCUCUGCCUCUCUCUCUCUCUCUCUCUCUCUCUCUCGAGCUCAACAGAUGUAAGAAGCCUUGUCCUCUCUAACUGCUCAACUCAGAUAUGGGAUACUUCAGGACACCAGUAUUGAUCAUCUCCUGCUUAUUAUUUACAUGUUGCAAAGCAGAGAAAUUAAAAACCAGAGGUCUGCGCCAUAAGGAUGUUGACUACAUGGAGAAAUAUUCCAGCUGCCUCCAGGGUCCGGCAGGCCCCCCAGGAAGGGAAGGAAAUCCAGGAGUGAACGGAAUCCCAGGCACUCCGGGUGUUCCGGGCCGGGAUGGUGCGAAAGGGCAGAAGGGUGAUUGUGUGAUGGAGAGGUUUGAAGAGCCGUGGAAGCCCAACUACAAGCAGUGCGCCUGGAACUCUCUCAACUACGGCAUUGACCUGGGCAAAAUCACAGAGUGUACGUUCACUAAGCAGCGUGCGGACAGUGCUCUGCGUGUGCUGUUCAGCGGCUCGCUCAGGCUGAAGUGUAAGACGGCUUGUUGCCAGCGCUGGUACUUCACAUUUAAUGGGGCAGAAUGUGCCGCUCCGCUGCCUGUAGAGUCCAUCAUUUACCUGGAUCAGGGCAGUCCAGAGUUCAACUCCACCAUCAACAUACACAGAACCACAUCAGUUGAAGGUUUGUGUGAAGGAGUUCGGAGAGGCCUGGUGGAUGUUGCUAUCUGGGUGGGAACCUGUGGCGACUAUCCCCAUGGAGACGCUUCCACCGGAUGGAAUUCUGUUUCCCGGGUGAUCAUAGAAGAGCUUCCUCAGAGCAGCUGAGAUCAUCAGGAAACUCUUCCACCAUCAACACACUUACUGCAUCAAAAAUUGUGAUUUCUCACUUAGAUAAAUGCCUCUAAUGUAAUGCAUUACCAUUGAAAAGUUUGGGGUCAGUAAGAAAUUUAUAUUUUUAUUUAGCAAGGAUGCAUUAAAAUGAAAAUAAAUGCUGUUCUUUUGCUGCAAAAGUAAGUUUUCUAGUCGAGCCUCAUAUUGAACAAUUUAAGUCUGGACAGGUACUGUAAAAACUCUGAAUACCUUUUAUUGGAUAUUUUCUAAAUGUCAAUAAAUGUUUUUUUUUAAACAAUUCCUAACUUUGGGUACAUGUUCUUUAAAGAGCGUUGGUUAUUAACCUAUGAGCAUUACAAAUUUUAAGGCCAUGACUUGAGCUCAUUAACACAAAUGUCAGCAAUGAGCCAGAAAUGUCAGAUUCUGUAAAUCUGUGCGUUUGUGGUUUGAGGAAUAAAGCCUGAGGUUUGGUUUGGCCAUUGUGCAGGACACACAAUACAACAAGGAUGUAAACAUGGAGUAGAUGUACAAACAUACACAUAAAACACAGUUUCACCUUUAGGGCCGGGCAAUAUACACAAAACAAUUAUGUCUCUGCUUUUCAGCUUUCUGACACUAGUUCCAAUACAUAUUUGCUCUGGAAUGGCUUUAUAUUUUCCCUAAUCAGAGGAACCAUGAUUUCAUCCAAACAUACUUUGUAGCCAAUUCGAUUCUAAAUGUGAUUUUUUAUGUUUAAUGUGGAUUUUUAAUAGGAUUUAUAUAAAAUACAUGCUAAUAAAUAGCAUAAAUAAAAAUUUACCUACAUUACCAUUCAAAAGUGUGGGGUCAGUAAGAUUAUUAUUAUUAUUUUAAAUAAAUGAAUACUUAUAAGUCAGCAAGGGUGCAUUAAAUUGACAUCUUAAAAAAUAAAUAGAUUCUAUUUCAAAUAAAUAAAAUUCUAUUUCAAAUAAAUGCUGAACUUUCUUAUUCAUUAAUGAAAUCUUAAACAUAAAAAUGUAUCAGUUUCCACAACAAAGUUUUUUUUUUUUUUUAAAUGACCUUAUUUAUUGUUGUUUUCAACAGUGAUAAAAAUAAGAAAUAUUGUUAUUUUAAGUAACAUUUUAACGUAUAGAAUGGCAAAUGGCGUGAUGAAAAAAGAAUCGUUGAAUCAGAGUUUUGAAUUGAUUCGUUGAAACAGACAGAUAAACUGAGUCACAGAAAUGAAUUGUGAAAUGAUAAAGAGGCUACAUAUAAGAAUAGGAUAUACGUCGAACGUCACGUGACCAAACCGGAAAACUGUUCUCAUUGCAUCCGCUUGUCAGAGAAAGUGUUAACAGCAGUAUGAACUGACGGCAUAUCUAUGGACUUUUAAGGUAAUUAGCGAAUCUGCCUAGUUCACAUUGUUAUAGGUGUUUUAUUCUAUUAAAUAUCUAAACGUUAGUGUGAAGAAGAAAAAUUAAAAAAGCUUUUAAAUAUCAAUCUGCAUAUGUGGGGGACAUCAGUUAUGCUCAUCUUUGACCGCUCCUUUUAAGUUAUCUUGAAUAAAACAGCUAAUUUUUCAUGAAGCGCAUACAAGACCUAAACCGGAGCGAUCUAAUCUGUUUACAGAAAACGAAAGUUAGAUUGCGCAUAGCCCCUAUUUGUAUGUAUUAAUUGCUUAUUGUAUUGCCAAUGUGUGAACAGUUUGUAACGAAAAUUAAAAAAAAAAAAAAAAAAAAAAAAAAAAAAAA